AAAGAGAGAAAAGAGAGGAAAGAGAAGGAGAGGAAGAGAAAAGAGAAAGAACGAGAAAGAAAGAUGAGGGAAAAAGAGGAGAAAGGGAAGGAAUAGAAAGAUAAGAGAGAGAAAGAGAGGAGAAAGAUGAGCGAGGAAAGAUGA